AAACUUCUCGAUAGAAAUUUUCUUGCCUCGAACGACCCCAUUACUGCGCAACGCAAGAGGCAAAGCGCUGGAUCGGCCCAAGACGCUCACGUGUAAGAAGCGCCACCUUUCCCGUACCAUGCCGAGACUUGGCCGCCCCCCCACGUUCCGGACUGCUCUCUUUUCAUUGAGACGGAGCAACGUGUGAUCAGUUUGCCUUGUUAAUUGCCAUGUCUAACAUGUAUUAUUUAACGUGGGCUGUCUAGUCAUGUGUUGGGACUGCUUCUGGUCUAAGCCUCACACAGUACCUAGAUAGUUUGUUUCACUGUUGUUUGCGCGAAUUUUUAGAUGCGGCCUUGGGCGCGCUGAGCCAUUGAACAAACGAGGAAGAGAAGAGACGUAGCGAAAGAGGGCCCUACUUCUGGCUGGAAGUCAACAUUGGAGACCAAAGAGCAGGUCAAUCGAAUCUCCAGCCAUCGCUUGUGCUUGUAUAUAGGGUAUUUCCAUGCAUGGUACAUGCGCAUGUUUACUUAGAAGUCGUUGUAUUACGCAAUACGAAAGACUGUUAUAAUGUCUCUACGUGUCAAUUCACUCACAUUCUAUUGGUAAAUGUCAGUUCCUGUCGACCGUUUCGAAAUUUCAUAUCCAAGAAAACAUUUCCUUCCUACGACUUUCACUUGGAGGUGCAGGGCAUCUUAGCGUCGUUGCUCCUCCCUCUUUUCAUGAUAAAUAAACAGUCCCCGACCCCAAAAACCCACCCUCUACAACUGCAGUACAUCUCUCACGACUACUCCACGUUACCAACAGGUGCAGUUUGCGACGAGAUGGAUGACCAUCUUUCAGGACUCGACCCGACUACUAUCGAAGAGGCGAUGAAAGCUCUCACUUGCACACAGGCAGCCUCAAUGGUAGAAGAGAACCUCAGCUUUACCCGGUCUGGAACUUUUGCUUUCCUCAGCCUACCAGGAGAACUGCGGAACCGAAUCUAUGAGCUUCUCCUCGUCGACACGCGCGGUCCGGACGACUUCUGCGACACAGUCAUCCUCGUCAAUGACCUCAACCG